AUGGCAGAAGAAGUGGAGAAGUAUAAGAGAAAGCAGGAAAUGCAAGCAGAAGCCCAUGCAACUGGAGACCAAGGCUGCUUGAUGGUGGAGUUUGGUGACUUCCAGGGCCGGUCCAUGAAGGAUGUUUAUGAGGACCAAAGCAAGCAGGCCCAAGCCCUCAUCAGGUACCUGGUAAAGGCAAAUCCCAACACCAACAUGGCCAUUUUCAAGACGUAUGUCUUGAAAAGACAGGCUUCUGCUGUGGGCACCCGUGUAUGCCAGCCUGCACCUCAAGUUGCAACCUCCAGUGCCUCUGCACCUCCACCUGCAACCUCCAGUUCCUCUGUACAUCCACAUGCAACCUCCAGUGCCUCUGCACCUCCACCUGCAACCCCCAGUGCUUCUGUACCUCCACCUGCAACCUCCAGUGCCUCUGUACGUCCACGUGCAACCUCCAGUGUCUCUGCACCUUCACCCGCAGCCAUCAAAACUGGUGUACACCAGAGCGCCACUGUGAAAGCACUGUUGACGCGUGGCAAACAUUUGUCUCCUUCACACCUGGCGAGAAAACUCAUGUCACCAGUGAAACACUAUCCAUUACUGCAGUCCACUUUACCUCCUCCAGCAGCAGAACCCCCAGCCACACAUUUGACCCGAAGGCAGCUUUUCACUACUGGCACUUCCGUUUCCACUGCUGAAGAUGAUGAUGAUGACAGCUAA